AUGUCCCACAGCAUAACCAGCGCGCGAUAUGCGCACGCCGAAGGAUACACCGCCGUCGCGUUCAACAGGAGCGGGCAGUUUCUCUGCACCGGCGGCAGCGACUCACUAGUUCGCGUGUUCAAGACAGGGAAGAACGAGCGCGACCAGGAGGCAAUAACAAUGGAGCAGCAUUCCGACAGUGUCUUAUCCCUGGCAGUCUCGCGAGGCAAAAUCAUCACUGGAGACGAUGAGGGCUUGGUGCUCAGCUUCGACACAGGCUCGUCAGACAUGCUGUCAGAGCAAGGCAGCAGCCUGUCUGUGCAGCCCUCGGGGACAGUUUUGCGCUCGACGCUUCCGGCGCGCGACAUCAGCAUCAGCAACAGCGAGCGGCAGGUGGCCAUCGCGACGGACGACGAAAACGUGCGGGUGGUGUCGCUCCUGGACACGUCUCUGCUGCACACUCUGGUCGGUCACCGGGGCUCGGUUAUCAGCGUGGCCUACUCGCCCGACGCGGCGUUUCUCGCGUCGAGUGGCUGCGACGGCACCGCUCGCGUGUGGGACAUGCGUGACGGCGAGCCGACUGCGUUCAAAUCAUUGCCAAGCAUGGAGCAGUACAAGGUGCGGUGGAGCCCAGACGGCCGCAUGUUCGCCAUCCCGGGUGCCGACAACUCGAUCAAGCUGGUCGAGCGCAACACCUGGGAGCCCAGCGUAUCGCUCGGCGGCAAGCACACAAAGAUGAUCACCAGCGUUUCGUGGUCGUCGAACAGCCGCUACCUGGCCUCGGUGGGGCUGGACUGCCAGGUGGUUGUGUGGGACCACGGCGCACUGCGCUUCUGGGACGACGUGGUCCCCGUCAAGCAGGGCCACGCGCCGCCAUUUGACACCCUGCCGCUCGAGACCAGCUCACUGCACAGGGACUAUCGGCAGGCCGGCACCGCUCACACCGCGACCAACGACCUGAUGAGCGACCUGUUUAACGACGCAGCCGAUAUCGAGAAUAUGGUCCGCGAUUUUGGCAUGAGCGACAGCGGCAAUGCCAUGACUGGCGGCGGCGCCGACGACGACGACGACGACAACGACGACAUAAUGGAUGGCGGGGAGGCCACGGGCGACGGACUGGACGACUUUGUUGUCGAUGACGACGGCGCCGGCUAUGCCGAGCGGCAGGAGCCAAGGUGGAUGGCCGUGGGUGACCCGACGACGCACUGCUUUCAGCCGGGCUCCACGCCGUGGAUUGGCGACCGGCGGUACCUGGCAUUCAACAUGGUCGGAAGCAUAGUCUCUAUCGCCCAGGACGACGCGCACAACACCAUCGAGGUUGAGUUCUACGACAAGUCAAUGCACCGCGACUUUCAUUUUUCCGACUCGUUCAAGUUCUCGAUGGCGGCGCUGUCAGAGUCGGGCUGCUUGCUCGCAACCACGAGCCGCGAGCUCGCCAACGACCAGUCGCUGCGCGGGGCUUUGGAUGCCGACGAAGCGUCGGUGAUCUCUUACCGCGGCCUUGCCUCGUGGUCGUCCAACUCCGAUUGGAUGUUCAGGAUGCCCGCAAAGGAGCACCCGCGGUGCAUCGCAACCUCGGCGCACGGCGCGGCUGUCAUCACUUCGCUGGGCAUGCUACGCCUGUUCACCUGCGGCGGCGUUCAGCGCCAUAUCGAGAGCCUGCCCAACCGCGUGGUUACUUGCACUGCCCACGGCGACAUGCUGUUGAUUGUCAUGGAGGGUCUGGGCACAAUCAAGUCGAGCACCGGGUCACGCCGGCUCGAGUACGAGUAUGUUUUGAUGAGCAUGGACGGGCAAUCGCGCCUGGCUGCGGGGUUCUGCCCCGUGGCGCCGGCGAGUGAGAUCGUCUGGGCGGGCUUUUCCGAGGAGGGCCACCCGGCGACUGGCGACUCGAAGGGCAUGGUGCGCGUGCUGCACAAGUACUGGGCGGCAAUGACGCGUCUCGUUGGACCGCGGGAGGCGCGAGCCUACUGGCCCGUGGCGCUGUCCGCCAAGCAGCUCAUUGCUCCGAUCCUGGACGAAAUCGACGUGGAAAUCCCUCUUUUGCAGUCCGACUCGCACACUGCCCAGCAGGAGGCCAAGUACCUGAGCACAAGCGUGUUUUACGAGCAGCAGUGUGGCGAGGCCGAGCGCACAGGCAGCGAGUAUCCUGGCGGCAAGGCAUCGCAGGCCAGGGAUGCGCUUGAGCAGGACAAGCUGCUGCUGAGGCUGAUCGCCGUGCACCAGAAGCAGUCGCUGCUGGCCGAGCGUCUGAUGCGGCUGAAGGAGUCAAAGUUUUCUAGCAAUGCAGAUGACGACGACGAAGUGGAGGAGGAGGAGGACGUUGACAUGGAGUCUGAUGGCCAGAAGGGAUUCAGAUCGUCCACGGCUGUUGCUGCUGCUGCGGCGGCCGCCACGUAUGGCCGUGGCAAGCAGAGCGACAGCGAGGACAGCGUCGGUGGUGAUGAGGACGAUGUGUUUGGAAUGGCGGCGCCCGGUGCAGAUGUUGGUCUCACAAUCGCGCGGCCACCGAGGUCUCUGCUGCAGCAAGCGGAAGGACUAGCAGCAGCAGCAGCGCUCGCCCCGACGACAUCCAAGCCGUUCAACCCAUUUGGAGUGGUGUCGCCAAGUAAGUCGAUGGAGAUCAAGCGCAGCGACAGCUUUUUUAAUGCGGCGGACGCGCAUAGCUCGGCUCUCAGCAGAGAGGCAUCUGCUGCCAACCUUGGCGGCGGAUCAUUGACUACCACCACCAAGCGCCAGAAUCAGCUUGUCGCUGACGACGAUGAUGGCAGUGCUGGUCCGCGCAAACUGGCCAAGAAGGCAGCGGCAGCGGCAGCGGCGGAUUCCAGCAGCGGCACAAAGGACCGCGCCCAGUCGAAGCUUUUUGCGUUUGCGUUCAAAAGGGACGACAGCAAAUCAGGGGCGACCUCAGCGCUGCCCAAGCCAAUGGCGGCCGCUGCUGGCGCCAGCGAAAACGGUGACUGUAAUGGUAACGAGGACAUCAUUAGCGAUGUUAAUUGUGAUGGUGAUGACGCUGCCUUUGCUGACUAA